AUGAAACACCGUCAAAAAAAGAAACAAAACUCCAAUUUAUAUAUUGUCGAAAAAAUUGUGGACAAACGAUAUGAUCCCCUUUCAAAAGAAUUAUAAUAUUGCAUUAAAUGGGAAGGUUAUAAUGAAGCCGAAAAUACUUGGGAACCUUUAACAAAUCUAAAGAAUGUAUUAUCCGAGAUUGAAGAAUUUGAAAAUCAAUACCGCAAUAAGAAAUAUAACAAGUCUCUCAAAAUUGAUAAUAAAAAACUCAAAUAAUUGCUUAACAAUAAAUUAAGUCAAUUUCUUGAAAAAAUAGCCCCUAAAUCACAAUAAUUAUAAGAAAUAAAUCUAAGCGAUUACGAGAGCUCAUGUGAGGAAAUUUAACCAAAUAUUAAGCAAUCAGAUGGUCAGUCAAAAACCAACCCAGAUCAAUCCAAAACAAAAACUUCAAUUCUAACAUAAGCUUACCACUGA